UGUGGAGUCGCGAGCUCACCACAAUUUUUCAUUGCCUUUUUAUUAAUCUCAUUAACAAGUGAGGAAUUGCCAACAAACCCAAGAAGAAGAAGAAGAAGAAGAAGAAGAGGCAGAAGAACAUCGAAGAAAUCCAGAAAGAAGAAGAAGGAAACUGUACAGGAAGAAGCAGAAGCAAAAAAGUAGAGAGAGAGCGUGUAGCAUAUGGUUUCAGUAAAUCCAAACCCAACUCCACCGGAAGGUUUCUACUUGGAUCCCAUGGGAAUAUCUCUUCCUGGACUUGGGUCUUUAACAGGAACUACAACUACUCCAACUACUACCACAGCUUCAUCAGAUGAUCCUAACAAGAAGAUUAGAAAGCCUUAUACCAUCACCAAAUCCAGAGAAAGCUGGACUGAGCAAGAGCACGACAAGUUCCUUGAAGCUCUUCAACUCUUUGAUCGUGACUGGAAGAAGAUAGAGGCAUUUGUUGGGUCAAAGACUGUUAUCCAGAUACGGAGUCAUGCACAGAAGUACUUUUUGAAGGUUCAGAAGAAUGGGACAAGUGAGCAUGUACCUCCCCCUCGGCCAAAGCGAAAAGCAGCUCAUCCGUACCCACAGAAAGCCUCUAAAAAUGUUCCAGUGCUCUCACAAGUGACAGGAGCAUUUCAAUCUCCGGCUGCUCUGCUUGAACCAGGAUACAUUCUCAGGCCAGAUUCAUCAUCAAUGCUUGGAAAUCCAAUGACAACUGCAGCUGUGUCUUCAUGGGCUCAUAGUUCUGCACCACCAGUCAGUUUGUCCCAUGUGGCUAAAGAUGAUAUGGGAUCUGCAGGACCAACAGUUGUAAACCAUUGUAGCAGUAGCAGCGAAAGUACUCCAAGGACAUGGCCAACUUGUGAAACAGCUGAUCAAGGGAAUCAAGAGCCACCAGUGAGAGUUAUGCCAGACUUUGCCCAAGUAUAUAGCUUCAUUGGAAGCGUCUUUGACCCGAACACCAGUGGCCACUUGCAGAAACUGAAGGAAAUGGAUCCAAUUGAUGUUGAAACUGUGUUGCUGUUGAUGAGAAACCUCUCCAUAAAUCUGUCAAGCCCUGAUUUUGAAGAUCAUAGAAAAUUGCUCUCAUCAUAUGACGGUGACACUGAGAAGAAGAAAUCUGGUGGUAUAAACAGCACCUCCAAUGCGGAUGGGUCAAAGAUUGCUCCUCCAUUUGGUAAGAAAAAUUUGAAUGAUGUUGACCCUUUUAGAGCACUGUACGACAAUUACAGUCCACCUCCAUCUCAUUUCUGCAUAAGCUUUUGCUGACUGCAAGUUGGCAAAAUAUCAGGAGAGAGGUGGAAGGAUCCCUGAACUCCGUCUUGCAGUUUUUCUGUUGAUAAAAUCAAGAUGCAACGCUUGUAUGUACGUAGGCAGUGAUUGGGCAUCCACGGUUCCAUAGUAGUUUAGGUUUUAGAGUUGAUCUAAGAAUGUCCUGUUAUCAUCUUACUAACGUAUCUUGUAUGAGAGAAAAGCCCUUUGUAAUGCAGAAAUAUCUGAGGUGUAGUUACCUGGAGGUCAUCCUGUACAGAGGUGGUUUCUGUAUCUUUUGAGUUUUUGACUAUAGUUGUAAUAAUAUGUUUGAGAGUUUUGCAGAAGAGAAUAAUGAUGGUUGAGAGACCAGACUCUGGAUGCUUCUUGAAUUGUAACAGUUAGGACUUGACAUUUUUGCCAAGUCAUCAUGGCUAGUUGGUUGUGACUCCUAAACACAUCCCCAAAUUGUCCAUAUUAGUUUCUUUUUUACGGGAUACUAGCUUUUUCUUC